AAUUACACAAAGGUAAAUAACAAAAGAGUACACAUUCUUCUGUCUCAUCGGUUUCCUUUUAUACAACAGUCCGUCUUCAAUCUCCCAAGAACCAGACCACUUCCCCCAAUUCACCCGUCAUCCCUGACAUCAACUCAACCAAAUAAAUUUACUUCAAAUCUUGCAAACCCUCCAUCGGAUCUUCAUGGGGUUUUCAUCUUCUUUCUGAUUUUACAAUUUUCUUGAAUAAUAUAACCCACCUUUACCUAUCAUCACCACCACCAUCUAGAUCGGAUAAUAGAGUGAGUUGGGUAAACGAGUGUUCUUGAUUUUGUCUAGGGUUUCUAGUUUAAACCACUGAUCUAUAUACCCAAUUUUGGUAAAGAAAAAUGAUGUCCUUUUGUUUCUUUUCUCUUUUGGAAGCUACAAAAUUAAAUGUUUCUAUUCAUGGAAAACCCUUGAUUUAAACACUGGUUUAUUCUAUGUUUUCUUGAGAAAAUUAUUAUUUUUGAAAGAAAAUUUGCCAAAAAUAGUGUGUGUGGAACUGGAAAGGAUGAUGGUUAGGGAAAAAGUACCGAUUAAAAAGAUUGAUAAUGCUACAGCAAGAAGGGUGACUUUCUCCAAGAGGAGAAGAGGGUUGUUUAAGAAAGCUGAAGAGCUUUCUGUACUUUGUGAUGCUGAUGUUGCUGUUAUUCUCUUCUCCUCCAAUGACAAGCUGUUUCAUUACUCCAGUUCAAGUAUGGAAGAAGUACUUGAAAGGCGUAGCCUUCACUCAAAAAAUCUUGAGAAGUUAAACCAACCUUCUCUUGAGUUACAGCUGGUUGAAGACACCAACUAUGCCAACUUAAGCAAAGAAGUUGCAGAAAGAACCCUUCACUUAAGACGGUUGAGAGGGGAGGAGCUGCAGGGUUUAAGUAUUGAAGAGUUGCACCAGCUCGAAAAGUCACUUGAAGCUGGAUUAAGCCGGGUUGUUGCCAAAAAGGGUGAAGUGAUUAUGAACGAGAUUAAUCAUCUUCAAGAGAAGGAAGUGAACCUCAUGGGGGAGAAUGACAAACUAAGACAAGAACUUUUGAAGAUAUCUAAUGCUCGGAAGCAAAUUAUUUGUGAUUCUGGUGAUGAUCGGGAGUCCUCGGUAUCUACCGAUAUCUGCAACUCUGCUGGCACUCCACAAGAUUAUGAAAGCUCCGGUACAUCCCUUAAGUUGGGGUGAGCAAAAUUCCUGGUUACCAAACUCAAGGUGGUGAAAGCUUUAUAGGAUAUCUAUAACUAUCAUGUAUGUAAAUGUAAGCCAAGAGUGUUAAAACAGUAAUUCAUUCCUUGGAGUUUGGACCCCCUAUGACAUUUGAGUUAUGCUUGUUGGAUGUACAAACUAUGUUCCAUUACUGACUGCUGCAAAAUAAAAUAAAAAAACGGUUGCAAGUUAGUAACUGUUAUUUUAUGAA